AAAGCGGCGGCCGCAAUGCCUCGAGGCUUGGAGUAAUAAUGGUCUGUUAUGAUUUGAGUUAUAAGUAAAUGAUGUAGGACUCUUCCUUUAUUUCGCUACAGACUGAUUCUGCAUCUUGAUCGUCAACUGCUAGCUAUUCACAAUGAGCAGAGGCAGUUCAUCGACGGAUUCGAUUCAAGAAAUCCUCACAACUAGUGAAGCAACAGCUUGUGAAAGUUCGCACCGACCCCGUGGCAAAUUCCGUCGGUUUCUGGGGGAGGUUAAGGACGGUGUGAACAAGUUAAAAAUCUCACGCUCGAAGGAUUCCCGCAGUCACAGCCAGGCUGUUCUUCCGAAUGUUUAUCACAAACAUACUUCAUCGACCUCGGUUCAGGCUGCUCCAUCUGGUGUGGAAGUGGAGGCUGAUACCCAAUCGAUACUUCGAGAUGCACAAGAGGCUGUAAAGUGCAUGCAUCCACUUUUGGGACCUGCGAUAACCGUGGUUUCCGUUGGACAAGACGCACAAGUGGAUCUCGAUGCUGCCGAUAAUUUCCAGGACACAUAUCUCGAACCCCUCAGGAUAUUCGACGAUGUUAUCGGGAAGAUUGCGGAUGUAUGGACCCUCCUUUUGAUCGGAACCGUACUAAUCUAGUUCCACAGGUACAUCCAUAUGCAAAGAUGGCACUGGGCGUGUUGUCUUGUACGGCCAAAGUAUGUUU